AAGCUGCCAUUCUUCCUCAAAGCGCGCCAUGUCGCCUAAAGUAAUGAGAGGUUUUCCGUUUGACAAGAAAGCUUGCUGAUUGGCCAGGACAGAUUGGCGCGCCGCUCGAGGAGGCUUGUGAUUGGUUACAGGAGAAGCGCUGUGUGGCCGGGGAUCGUGAUUGGCUAGGAUUUCUUAGCGCGCCAACGGGGCCCAGAGAAGAGUCUGAAGCAGAAGACGGAGAAGUAUGUGGAACAAUCACGGUGGCUUUGAUGGUGGAUAUGGCGGCUCUGGAAUGGGUGGUGGUGGCGGCGGUGGUGGUGGUGGAUACAUGCAGUCACCUGGAGGGUUUGGAUCUCCAGCUCCUACUCAAGGAGAAAAGAAAUCUAGGUCAAGGGCACAGCAAAUAGUGCCAUGUACAGUGUCGCAGCUACUUUCUGCUGCCCAGAGUGAUGAGCUCUUCAGGAUAGGAGAAGUAGAGCUUUCUCAGGUAACAAUUGUUGGUAUAGUAAGGCAUGCAGAAAAGGCUCCAACAAACAUACUAUAUAAAGUAGAUGACAUGACUGCAGCACCAAUGGAUAUUCGACAGUGGGUGGACACAGAUGAAGCAAGCCAUGAAAAUGUAGUGGUGCCACCUGGAAGUUAUGUGAAAGUGUCCGGUCAUCUUCGCUCAUUUCAGAAUAAGAAAAGUGUUGUUGCGUUUAAAAUUGCACCUAUUGAAGACAUGAAUGAAUUUGUGUCUCACAUGUUGGAAGUUGUCCAGGCUCACAUGAGUCUCAAUGCCCAGAGUACUCCUGGAGGUGGGGGAACUUCUGUGGCGCUCAGUACACCUGCGCGAGCGGGAAAUACUGGCGGAAGCUUCACAGGAGGAGUCGAUGCGCAGACAAAUGGACUCACACCACAUCAGAAUCAGGUUUUGUUUCUAAUUAAAAGCUGUAAAGGAAGUGAAGGCAUGGGCUUUGAGGAACUGAAGGCAAGACUUCAGGGAAUGAACGUUAAUACCAUUAAACAAGCAUUGGACUUCCUCAGCAAUGAAGGCCACAUUUAUUCAACUGUGGAUGAUGACCAUUAUAAGUCAACAGAUGGCGAUUAAUAAGAUUGUUACAGAUGGGAGGAACAAAGGAUUCCCCAUCAGAUGGCAGUAUUGAUGGUUUUUACCCGCUCUCUUCUCAGAAGCAUCCCAUUCCCACAGCAAACGGAUGUUAUGCUUUUUUUCUUCACUGAAAUUCAAAAGACUUUUUAUUGUGGAAAUCUUUUUACUUAAAAAUCCACUUAGUGUAAGCUCAUUCUAAAAGGGUGUUUUGAGCUUUAAAGUUAAAACAACAUAAAGGCCAAUAUAUAAAGUUAUUUACCCCAUCCCUGUUUACAGUUCUGCCACUGUCCAAAGGGAGUAUCUAAAGGGGAAACUUGGCAUCUGAAAGAAAACAAAUACCUAGAAAACCCCUUUAAACCAGACGGCAAAGGGGUUUUACCAAAAAUACUUGUAAAUAGUUUUGUUUCAUCACAUAGAAUGUGAAUAAAAGUCUCUUUAAUAUUG